AUGACCCAUACUGCCAUUGCAGAUACUGAGAAAAAUGAGAACACUGAUGACAGUAUCAAACAGUUUUAUCAUCAGGGGAAAUCCAUGCCAUAUUUUUCAAUAACUGAAUGGCAAAAAUUUCAAUGUUUAAAAACCUCAUGGGUUAAAAACUUUAUUAUAUUGUUGUUUUCAAGUUUUUUAGCUAUAGCAAAUUACCAAAGAUUAUUACCGUUAAUCUACCUAAUUCAAUCUUCAAACAGCAGCACCGCUCACUUUGCUGGCAAGGACCAAAUUUUAAGACCAGAGGAAAAAAUACUUCACCAAAUAGGAUUAAUCAAGGAAGGUGUCUUCCAUUUGAAUUUUAUUCCACCUCUAGGCUUUACCAUUUUUUCAAUAUUGGGCAGAGUAGAUCCAAGCGAGUUAUCUAGCUUGGCAACAUUGGUCAGGUUGAGAUGGAUAAAUUUGAUUUUUUCUUCGGCAACCGUAUUUGUAAUCUCUUUAACUUUGAUGCUUGUUCAUAAUGUUAAUGCGAUUAUUACUAUUGGUCUAAUUACUUUGUUGACCAAAACUCCAAUUUUCAUCCAAGAAUCCUGCAAUAUAUCUUUAGAAAUGUUAGAAAUCUUAAGCAUUUCACUUGUUCUUUUCAAUUUUGGCUGUUAUAGGAAAUUUGGCAAUUCAAUGGCUUGGAUUUUAACAUGCGUUUUUCUUGGCUUCAGCAUUUCAAUCAAAAAUAUUGGUUGGAUGACAUAUUUGUUGGUUGGAUUUGUAUAUCUGUAUGACUUUUCCGUUUCGUAUAUGGGUGACAUAAAGAUUUCCAACAAGUGUUUGUUUGGGUACCAUUUGGUUUGUAAGACUGUUACCAUCAUAGCGAUACCGUUAUCCAUUUUAUUGGGCAGUUAUUAUUAUUUAUUUACCACAAGUUUUAAUGUCUUGAAUGUCCCUGAUUUCCAAUUAAUGACUCCACAAUUUCAACAAACAUUAUUGUUGUCUUCUAAUGUUAUCAAUGAGAGGAAAGCCGUUCCGGAUUAUAUUAAUUUUUUGGACACUGUAUUGAUUAGACAUGUCAAUUCAUUAGGUGGCCAUUUACAUUCUCAUAAUUUUACAUACAGAUCGGGUUCCCAUGAGCAACAAGUUACCCUAUAUGAUUUUGAAGACGGAAAUAAUGAGUGGGUGAUUGAGCCAGCAUCUGACAUCUUAAAGAAAAGGGUAUACGCUGAUGGAGAAAUAGUUUCCGUUCGUAGAAAUGACAAAGUUUAUUUAAGACAUAAAAUCACUGGCAAAUAUUUGUAUCUUUCACCAGAUCAUAAACCACCAAUCAACGAAAGGGAACAUGACUUUGAAGUGAGUUGUAGAGAUUGGCCAGCAAACGAUACUGACUCUAUAGCUAAUUUUAGAUUUAGCCUAGAUUAUGACAAAGAUGAAAACGAUAUUGAUCCAAUUCGUAGUAAAUUGAAACCAAUUAGAACCAAGUUUCAAAUAACUGCCAAUGGUGGUAAGAUUUGUGAUGUCUUAUCGCAUGAUGAUCGCUUGCCAAGUUGGGGGUUUUAUCAACAGGAGGUUCUGUGUGUUUCCCCGGCUGUUGUUGAUAGAACUUUAUUUUUCAUCGACGAUGUUGUUUUACCAUAUGGCAAGGGAGGUCCAGGAUAUGAAAUGGACCUUUAUGAGGUACCCGAACUAAAUUGGUUUAGAUUUUUAGCGGAAUAUAUCUAUAGAAGUUUUAGGAAAGAUUAUACGUUUCAUUUGAUAGAUCAGGACAUUGAUGUAUCCUUAAAAGAAGAUAGUAUUCAUAAAUGGGUCAUUCCAUGGAAAAUCGAGGAUAAUCAUAACAGUCACAAUAUUGUUUCAGGUCCUAUAGUUUAUGAUGCUCUGAUUGCUUUAGUUUUAGGUCUAUUGGUUGUUUCACCAAUUAUUUUAUUUAUUAGAUUUUGGACAUGGAAAUUACCAAAACAACAGAGUCAUGAAAACAUUUUUCUUGAUAAUAUAAUUAUGAAAAUGACUAUUUAUGAUUUUUUACAAUAUGAUAUUAUUUAUAGUAUAGGCUGGGCUCUUCAUUUUAUGAUUUUCAAUUAUAGUAAACACCAAGUGUUGAGUAUUAAAGAGUAUCUACCUGCGUUUAUUUUAUUAAUUCACCAAGCCGGUAUUUUAUUUCAAUACGUUAAAAACUCGAAAGUUUUAUUGGGUAUCAUUGUUUCAAUAGGGCUAGUUACUUAUUUAUUACCUUUGGUUUUGAAAUAA